AUGGCAUACAGAGAAAAGAAUCCUCUCCCAGCACCCGGAUUUGACGAGGCUGUGGUCUCCAUAGUGCCCUUUGAAACUGGAUGGAUGACAAUCAAAGCCUCCAUGGCAAUUGAUGGUUUAAAAGGGCGAUUUAUAGGAACAUCAUGGAGAUUUUUCUUGCAACAUGCUCCAUCAAACACCAAUUUCUGGUUCGAUCUUGGACUGGCUCAUGACCUCUCACUCUACCCGCCUCGAAUCCAACGCGUACAACACAAGGUAUUCUCUGCCACACCAGCUGAGCGUGAUCCAGGACAAGAUGUCAUAUCUGUUGGACAGGAUCCCAAGGACGUAAAGUACAUUAUUGCAAGUCACGCGCAUUGGGAUCACAUGUUUCCAGCCUCCAAGUAUUUCCCUAAUGCCAAGGUUCUCUGUCUCGAGGGCACCCUCAAAUGGACAUCCAAGUCAUGGCCUUCUGAACCAGACAGCGGCUUCGAUGGUCGCAUAUGGAACAAGGAGGAGUCGGAACUACCCAUUGAUGAAAUUCCGUCUCCUGUCACAGCCCCCGAAAAGUGGCAGCCGUUAGGUCCGUUCAAGAAUGCCCACGACUUCUUCGGUGACGGCAGCUUCUGGUUGAUCGAUGCGCCGGGACACUGUCCUGGUAACCUGGCUGCUUUGGCUCGUACACGACGGAAAGAUGGGAAGCUAAAGUGGGUGUUUUUGGGCGGAGAUUGUUUCCAUACGCCUUUGUUUCUAAACUACCCAGAUGCGCCUUUUGGAAAGAGCCUAAAGAUCACUUCUACAGGCUCUCACCAUGAGAACGAGGAAGAGGCAAGGCAGAUCAUCAAGCAGACCGCCGAGCUUAGAAGAGGCGAGGGUGACGAUGUCUUGAUUUGGUUUGCGCACGCCGAUGCACUAGAGGACGCGUGGAAUUUCUGA